UCUUCUUCAAACCAAAUCCCUUUUGUUGUCAAAGGUUCUGAAAUUUUUAAUGUCUUGAGAAGCUAAGAAAUUUCAUGCCCACACAAAACUCCCUUCCAGUUUACUAAAGAAUUUCAUGCCACAAAAAAAUGUCUUGCAUUCACAUCUCAGCUCCAUCUUUCUCGGCAAUCUCUGUUUCCGCUAAGUCCACUCUCAAUUCUUCUCCUUCUCGCUCAAACUUCAAACCAAGAAUCUAUUGCUCCGUUGGAGGGACUGUUGCGGAACCAAAAGCUAUUAAUGCUACUGAACCUCUUUUGCUUGAUGCUGUCCGUGGGAAAGAAGUGGAAAGGCCUCCCGUUUGGCUUAUGAGACAAGCAGGGAGGUACAUGAAGAGUUAUCAAAUUAUUUGUGAGAAGUAUCCUUCUUUUCGUGAGAGAUCAGAAAAUGUGGACCUUGUGGUGGAAAUUUCUCUACAGCCAUGGAAAGUAUUUCGUCCAGAUGGGGUUAUUUUAUUUUCAGACAUUCUUACCCCUCUCUCCGGAAUGAACAUACCCUUUGACAUCAUUAAGGGGAAAGGUCCCGUCAUAUUUGAUCCUAUGCAAACUACUGCAGAUGUUGAGAAAGUUAGAGAAUUCGACCCUGAAGAAUCAGUUCCAUAUGUUGGGGAAGCAUUAAAUAUCCUGCGGAAAGAGGUGCAUGGUGAGGCUGCAGUUCUAGGAUUUGUCGGGGCACCUUUUACCCUGGCAUCUUAUGUUGUUGAAGGUGGUUCCUCAAAGAACUUCACGAAAAUAAAAAAGCUAGCUUUCUCACAGCCUAAGGUCCUUCACGCACUUCUUCAAAAAUUUGCAACCUCUAUGGCUAAGUAUAUACGAUACCAAGCUGACAACGGAGCUCAGGUGGUUCAGAUAUUUGACUCGUGGGCCACUGAACUUAGCCCCGUGGAUUUUGAAGAGUUCAGUCUCCCUUACUUGAAGCAGAUUGUAGAUUCGGUUAAACAAACUCAUCCAGAUUUACCGCUGAUUCUAUAUGCCAGCGGAUCAGGGGGUUUGCUCGAGAGACUACCGUCGACGGGAGUUGAUGUCGUGAGCUUGGAUUGGACCGUGGAUAUGGCUGACGGUAGGAGAAGAUUGGGUCCUAAUGUGGCGGUGCAGGGCAACGUAGAUCCUGGCGUUCUUUUUGGCUCCAAGGAAUUCAUCACCAAUCGCAUAAACGACACGGUUAGGAAAGCUGGUCGAGGAAAACAUAUUUUGAACCUUGGACAUGGCAUCAAGGUAGGUACACCAGAGGAAAAUGUUGCCCACUUUUUUGAGGUUGCCAAAGGACUUAGGUAUUAGAAUGCAAUCAGAUGUUAAACUUAUGCGAUAGAUUGUUGAGAAGUAGGUGCAACUGUGCAAGAGAGUAUUGUCACUGCCUUCAAAGGUUAGUACUUAGUAGAUUAGCUUUUGAAGUUUUUGUUAAACUAUGAGCUUAAUCCUCAGCAUUGAACUAUGGCCAUGAUUUCAUAUUAUUUUUUUAAAAUGUAUUUAUAUAUUUGGCCAAGAA